UCCUCUUCCUUAAUCUUUACUAAUUUAAUCUUAAUCUUUACUGGAUUUUCCAUUUUUCGUAACCCAUUCUCUAAACCUCUGUGUCCCCUUUGUUUCAUAAGAGCCUUAGCUCAAGAUUUUUCAUGUGCUUAGAAAAGCGAUGGUCUUACGCAUGUUAGUGCCCUUUGACUACAUAAUCUAAGACCAUUGACAAGCCGUGCACAAUGGUCAACAAUGUUUAAAAUUCCAAGUCCAAGUGACCUCAAUUUACUACUUGUUAUUUUGUCAAACUCAACAAUGAAACUGAUCUUGAAAAAAUGGUGUGCAUUAAUUUUAUUGGUAUUGGCUAGAAAGUAACCCUUGCUCUCUGUAACUCAGAAAAACUGGAGAUUAAACCCUAACCCAAUCCUUAAACCUAACCCUUGUUAACAGCAAAUGCACUCUUAUCAGAGUUGAUCAGUUUAAAUAUAGCUUGCCCUGUGGUGAUUAUAGGAAUUGCACCCUAAUGCUCCAUGAACUUCCUGCGCUAAUUAGUCCUGCACUACUUUUUCUUAAACCUACCUGGCGUUCGACCAAAAAGCAGCUGUUUACAAAACAUCUUCGCAAAGUCAGUCAUGGAGGCAGAAACGAUGUACGAGUACUUAAGAAACGAUUCCACACUGUCAUACGGCUUGGGAGCAUUUGUGCUGCUGUGGGCUCUUAUUUGGUACUACCGGGACAAUCUGGAGGGUGUCUCACGGAAAAGGGGGCAGAUGAUCUGAAAAGGGCGACUGGACCGUUCCUGAAGACCUGCAUACUGGACGUAUCCAGCACUGCCAGCAUUGAGAAAGCUGUGGAAUGGACCAAAAAAGAAGUUGGAGAUAAAGGACUCUGGGGUCUGGUGAACAAUGCUGGGCGUUCUCUUCCCAUGGGUCCCUCUGAGUGGAUGAAAAUCGAGGACUUCCAAAGCACCCUCAAAGUCAACAUGAUUGGUGUGAUUGAGAUAACCAUGAACUUCCUGCCUCUUGUCAAAAAGGCUCGUGGGCGAGUGGUUAAUGUGGCAUCCGUGCUGGGCAGAGUAGCAGCUAACGGCGGCGGCUACUGCAUCUCAAAGUUUGGGGUGGAGAGUUUCUCCGACUGUCUCAGGAGGGAUAUCCAGUAUUUUGGGGUCAACGUGUGCAUAAUCGAACCAGGAUUCUUCAAGACGCAGGUGACCAGUCUGGAACCCAUUGAGAGGGAACUGCACCGCCUCUGGAAUCAACUGACUCCUGAAGUCAAGGAGAGUUACGGAGAUAAAUACCUGGAUAAAUACAUCAAGAUCCAGAGACUGAUCAUGAAUGCCAUAUGCGACUCUGACCUCAGCAAAGUGACCAACUGCAUGGAACAUGCCCUGCUGGCCGUCCACCCAAGAACACGCUAUAGUGCAGGCUGGGAUGCCAAGCUCUUAUGGAUCCCCCUGUCUUAUAUGCCCGCUUGCUUUGUAGACAUUGCAUUAAAGCUGGUGAUGCCAAAGCCGGCCAAAGGUGUAUAGAUUUAGAGUGCUGGUAAAAUAAUUUUAGACUUGAUACCAUUAACUGAUUUUAUUCCUGUUUUUACUUUUGGCUUUUGUUCUCUUCUUAUGGAACUGGAUGAUGUUCUGUUUCAGGACCUUAUGGUUGCCUAGUUUUGGAUUUGUUGAAUUAGGUUAGUGGGUGUUGAAGUGUUUUCUACUCAGAUAGCACACAUACAUCUCCGAGAUGUCUGUUUUAGUUAUUUUCAUCUGAAAAAGCAUCUAAUUAACAUCUGCUAAAUAUCGUAAAAAGAUCCGAUUAACAAACGUUCUAAAUCAUAAUCGUCUCAAAGACAUCUGAUGAAUGUCUUAUUGACGUCAUAUAGACAUAUUGCAGAUGAGUAAACAAUGUAAAAAAUCUGUAUUCCAGAUGUAAACAAAAACAUCAAAUAUACAUCUGGGCGAUCUAUGUGUGCAAUCAGGGUAGUGUUUGCAAAGACUAAUAUUUUAGCAAAUUGUAGUGUUUUAAAGACUAAGCAUAGAUAUUUUUUCAGUACUGUUAAAAUGGACACUAAUAACGUUGGAUAUUUAUAUCAAAUGAAACGCAUAUGUAGGCUUAAAUGUUCAUUUUUCUUGUUCUGCAGAUGAUUUCUAUCAUGUUUACAUGCCUUACAAGUGGAUUUUAAAACCCUCAGAGAUUGCCUUAGGUCUGAACAAACCAAAAAUGUGUCACUCUUUCUGUCACCAGUUUGUGCCUGUUUAUAAUCUACUGUACAUGUUUUGCUAGAGUAAUUAAAUUUAACUUAAGGUGAUGUAUUUUUAUGAAACUGAGUUACAUGGAUAUUUUAAUGGAAAUGUUUGUUGGCAAACAGAGUUCACAUAAACAUAA